GAGCGCCUGAAGGCUCAACGCCUCGCACCAACUUCUAGGUUUUUGCCGAGAUUUCCCCCCCCCUUCUCGAACGCGCAUGUUUCGUGAUUAUUUUGACCAAACGCUCCGCGAUUUGUCUGCAUUCGCCAUUGGAUAAACAAGACAUUGUUCGCUCGUUGAGUUGGCGUAUGAUCGCAUUCAAGCAUCGCUUUUAUUCCGCAGGAUAUUCAUGUUUUUAAAGAUACAAAGGACGCGGUGGAUCCACUGGCGUAGAUCAGAGCUCGCUCGCUGGAGGAGGACGCGGAUGGGAUUUAAACCCCGGCCGAACACGAACAUUUCUUUCCGCGCUGUCAGUAAAUUAAGUGGCCUGUCGGAUUUGUUAUAUUAGCUGGAUUUUAAAAAGCCAUCCCGUCUCAGAGUGGAAAAUUAGGACAGGGCGACCUGCAGCCCUCACAAAGGGGUUCCACGCAGCCGAGCGCACGGCGUUCUUUUUUGGGGGGCAAAACUGGCACAUGUUUGCGAGUAGAUAGAGAGGUAAUUUGUGAGAUUUGUUUGGUUUUGCGUUCUUUAAAGAUAUGGACAGUAUUUUGCAUUUCGAUUGGCAUAGAAAGCUAUAAGUGAUUUUUAAAACUGCACUUUUCCCACACUACCGCUUUAUUUCAAUAGCAAACUUCACCGAUACAGUAGUAGAUAGUUUUUCUCCAUAUAAUUCAACUGUGUUCGUCUGAAGUUAAAAGCAUUUUCUCUCAUGACUUGGUGGCUUCUCUCUGUCCUGUGACGACUCCCGCCGUGCGAUUGUUCGUUCCUGAUGGGUGCAAGACCCAGCUGACGAUUCUUGAACCUUUGCACUGUUUGCCCAUCUUUGUAAACAUUCACCAGCGAAGCACCCGUGAUACCACGAUGGAGCUCUUCUCCAGGAAUGUGGCCGCGCUCUGGAUUAUCCUGCUGGAGUUCCUGCUCGAAACAACGGCGGAUGAAGAAGUCCUGAUGAAUACGAAGACGGAGACAUCAGAUCUGAAGUGGACGACAAACUCUCGCUCUAAACCUGAGUGGGAGGAGAUCAGCGGUCUAGAUGAGGAGAACAACAGCGUGAGGACCUAUCAGAUUUGCCAAGCCGACGGCUCGUCCAGUCACUGGCUGCGCAGUAAGCUCAUCGAGCGCCAAGAGGCAUCGCAGGUGUACGUGGAGCUGCUCUUCACCAUGAUCGAAUGCUCCUCGCGGAUCACGCACCACCGAUCCUGCAAAGAGACCUUCAACCUUUACUACUACCAGAGCGACACGGAUGACGCGACUGCAACCCACCCCGCGUGGAUGGAGAACCCCUAUACCAAGGUCGACACGGUGGCCGCGGACUUCCUGCUGCGCAAAGGUGGAGAGAAGAAGUUUAAUGUCAAAACGCUGCGUUUGGGCCCUUUGACCAAACGUGGAUUCUACUUGGCGUUCCAGGCCCAGGGUGCCUGCAUGGCGCUUCUAUCUGUGCGCGUCUUCUUAAAGAAGUGUCCGGCUCUCACGUGCUCGCUAUCCGUCUUCCCGGAGACAGUUCCGCGCUCGCUGGUCCAGGAGGCGGUGGGCCAGUGUGUGGCCAACGCAGAGCAGCCUGGACCCAAUCCCAGACCGCCCAAGAUGUUCUGCGGGGAAGAUGGACAGUGGGUGGACCAGCCCACCACCACCUGCACUUGCCUGCCGGGCUUCGAGGCCAGCCAUGGAGAACUGGAGUGUAGAGCGUGUCCGGUGGGUCAUUUUAAGAUGAGAUCUGGUCCUGGCCCGUGUUCAGUGUGUCCUGACUCCAGUCACACAGGAGAGACGGGAUCCGCCUCGUGUAUGUGUCGCCCUGGUUUUUACCGGGCCCCUGCCGACAGUCCAGAUACACCCUGCACACUUCCUGUACUGGUGUCGGGUUUGAGGAAGAUCACAGCCACAGAAUCCAGCCUGACGCUGCACUGGAACACACCGACCCAAUCACACUACAGGAUCCUCCAGUACCAGCUACGCUACUGUGAGAAGGAGCGCGGCUCUGAGGAGAACUCCUGUCAUUAUAUGGAGAGCAGUAUCAACGAGGUGGUGUUGAGUGAUCUGCGCAGGGCGACGCAGUAUGAGGUUCAGGUCCGCGCUCGCACCUUGGCUGGCUACGGCAGCUUCAGUCAGGCUGUCGUCUUUCGGACCCUUCCUGACGAAGAUGAUUCCUCAUCUCCGCUGCUUGUUACCGGGAUCCUUAUAGCCCUGGGCAUGCUGCUCCUCAUCAUCGUCAUUGCUGCUGCGAUCUACUGUAUAAGGAAGCAAAGUCAUUUCAAAGAUGCAGAAACGAGUGACAAAAAUGGCCAGUAUCUCAUGGGUCACGGAGUGAAAGUUUACAUCGAUCCAUUCACUUACGAAGACCCUAAUGAGGCCGUGAGAGAGUUUGCUAAGGAGAUUGAUGUCUCGUGUGUCAAAAUCGAGGAGGUUAUCGGGGCAGGCGAGUUUGGAGAAGUGUGUCGUGGACGGCUGAGGAUUCCGGGUAAGAAGGAGAACUACGUUGCGAUUAAGACUCUUAAGGGUGGAUACACAGACAAGCAAAGGCGGGACUUUCUGUCCGAGGCCUCAAUCAUGGGCCAGUUCCAGCACCCCAACAUCAUCCACCUGGAAGGCAUAAUAACAGCCAGCUGCCCCGUCAUGAUCCUCACCGAGUUCAUGGAGAACGGCGCUCUGGACUCCUUCCUGAGACUCAAUGACGGCCAGUUCACUCCGAUACAGUUAGUCGGGAUGCUGCGCGGCAUCGCGUCGGGAAUGAAAUAUCUCUCGGAAAUGAGCUACGUGCAUCGUGAUCUUGCCGCACGGAACAUUCUUGUCAACAGUAAUCUGGUCUGCAAGGUGUCCGACUUCGGUCUGUCGAGAUUCCUGCAGGAGAAUUCGUCUGAUCCUACCUACACCAGCUCACUGGGCGGAAAAAUUCCGAUUCGUUGGACGGCACCCGAGGCCAUUGCUUUCCGUAAAUUCACCUCCGCAUCAGAUGUGUGGAGUUACGGCAUCGUCAUGUGGGAAGUGAUGUCGUUCGGAGAGCGGCCGUACUGGGACAUGAGCAACCAGGAUGUGAUUAAUGCCAUUGAGCAGGAUUACCGGCUCCCGCCGCCUCCCGACUGUCCCACUCACCUGCACCAGCUGAUGUUGGACUGCUGGCAAAAGGAGCGGACGGCGCGGCCACGCUUUUCCAACAUCGUCUCAGCACUCGACAAGCUCAUUCGCAAUCCUGCCUCGCUUAAAAUCACCGCGCAGGAGGGGGCAGGACCCUCUCACCCGCUGUUAGACCAGCGCUCCCCGCUGACGCCCGCGUCCUGUGGGACAGUGGCUGAUUGGCUCAGGGCCAUUAAGAUGGAGCGUUACGAGGAGAGCUUUCUGCAGGCCGGUUACACAUCCAUGCAGCUGCUCGCACACAUCACCACAGAGGAUCUGCUGCGUUUGGGAAUAACUCUGGCUGGUCAUCAGAAGAAGAUUCUGUCCAGCAUCGAGUCUCUUGGGAUUCAAAACCAAACUCCAGGGAAUGUGCUCUACUGAGUGAAGCGUCCACACACACAGACGCUUGCUGAGUUUGCCUGAGAACCUUCAUGUAACCUACACACUCACAAUCAGGAACAUUUCUACUUCCUUUUUUACCGGGUCACUUAAGGAUCAGGAUGGCUUACUUGCUUCCAAGACUACCUAAAGGGAACCAGUCCAGGAACCUGCUGGAACUAUCACUGUAAUCCCACUAAUAUUACAAAGCGUCAUUUGUGAUAUCAAGCGGCUCUCGUAGGGAUGUUACCUCCACCAUUUCAAAAAAUUUUUGGGAGCCACAUGAUGUAACCCAAAACACGUCUCGAUGCAAAGACAGUGAUGACGUAUUUCCAUUUUUGUAGAGUAUUUUUCUAAAGGAGACUUUCAUACUGAAGAGACUGGUGGAGGAUAUGCAGCAAAAGAUGAGAAAUAUGAGACCUUUAUAUCACGAGAAUUUGGAUACAAGUAUCAGAUUACAGACUGUGCGUGAACGGUCACAUGCUCACACACACUAAGUGCCAAGUAAUUGGUAUUUUGUUUUUAAAUGAUGCACUCAGUGUGUGAGUGUGUGUAUGUGAGCAGCAAUAAGAAAAACGAGCACAAAAGUCUUGGCACUUUUUUUUUUCGAAGAGAAUGAGGCAGAAGUUCCAUUGGUGGACAAAAUAUGCGAAAUGUAUGUGCUUAUACACACACACACACACUCACUCACUCACACACACACACACACACACACACACACAA